AUGCAAGCUGUGCUUAAUAAUGUGCAAGUGGCGAAAUGGGUGCUGCGAGGCUCGUUGCUAGUUUUAGCCGAUUUCACCAUCACCUCUCUGAAUUGGACUUACGACGGUGCGGGUGACGCCUCUACGUUGGCGGUGUGUACAAAAGAUCCAUUCGCCACUUUCUUAGUCUUCAAUCUUCUCGUUGCAUCAGACUCAAUCGGCGAGAGACAAUACAGUGGAGUUAUGAAUGAAUCUUCUUCAAAUUGUAUUUAUUUUAACGAUGAUGGAUAUCAGCCCCUUCCCUCAUCGGAGACCAUAUAUACACUAAUCGUUGAUGGCACAAACCCCACGUUAAAAAGCUCUGUUCGUUUUGCUUUUGGAGUUAUUGUCUCUCAACUGGACUGCAAUGGGACAAAACUGUUGCGUCUCAAUGCGGGAACUUUAGGAGGCGAACUUACGGACCAGACUUGCCCAGCCUCAACCCCUGUAGACCAGCGAGGCAUAACGUGCUAUGUGCCGGAUGGGACGCCCAAGGUGUGCGUGACUAAUGUGGAUGAAAGUCAUGUUGACUUGGAAGUCUGCGUGACAGGAUUGAAACCGACCAGCAUUUUGCCUUCAUCGAGUGAGUUAAGUGCGGAAACUUUAAGUUACGGAGACAGCACACUUGCAAUCAACAAUCCAUUAGUCUCAGAGCUGCUGAUUCGCGCGGCACUGGAAGACUUUAAUUUCAAGAGCUGUACUGCAGGAAAAUGUGUUGUCAGCAGCAUGACAAGUGGCGACAUUCUCUACGAGUAUUGCGGGGUUCUCACCGACGAAACAGGCAUCAGUGUCACUGUAGUGAACACGUUUCAGGAUAUUCACUUGGAGUUGGAAGAUUCGGCCACUUCCAUCGAUUUUCGGUUCUCAAACCGGUACGAUGCUGGCACCUACUUGGUGUAUGGAACCAACGUUUCUGAUCAGAUUGACGGCACGACAGAUCCUAUUCAUCUGGAUUGUUCUCGCAUCGAAGUCGGCGCAUUUUGCUAUGGGUUUUAUUAUUCUGAGUCUUCGCCUUCACCUACACAUAUUGCCAUCUCCUACAGCGACUACAGCAACACAGUGAUCUCUCCAGUGCUCUACACCAACUAACCAUUAAUCAAUGGACCACAGUAAAUGCAAGCUUAUAUAUAAUCCGAAAAUUGCCGAGUAAAGUUUCGAUGAUAUUAAAUAUCGUCGACGUUAUUUAGUUCUAAACGCUUGUAAGUUAUAGUCACCAUCAGUAGACCAAAGUUUAAAGUUGUUUACUCAUUAAUCACUAAUUAUUAACCUGAUAUAACUUGGAGAAGCUCGAGCUCCAACUCAUAAAUUCUUACAUUUAAAAAUUACUGAUAGGAAAAAUUUUUUUGGCGUUUCCGUACAAGUAUUUCUUGCGUGAAAUGAAAAUUACUGCACCUGCACGAUAAGUUAAUAUUGUCAAAGUGUCAUGAAAUGUUAUCUUACAAUCGCGAUUACUGUUCAUCACUCCUGGCAAGAAACUUCUGCUCUACCAUUAGUUCGAAGCGAAAGCCAGAAAUGAACUAAUCAUUGCAAUUUACUGAGAAAUAUUGAAUAAGUAUAAGUAUAGUAAGCAAUAGACCAUGAAGUAAUAUAAUUAAAGAA